AUGUCGUCCCUCGAGGCCAAGAUCGUCGUCCUCGGCUCACAGAAUGUCGGGAAAACGAGCCUCGUCAUGCGCUAUUGCAAAGGCUCUUUCAACCCGGCACAGACGACAUCGACCGUCGGCGCGAGCUUCAUGACCAAGCGCGUCGUCGACAGCGACACGGAUACCGUCGUACGGUUACAGAUCUGGGAUACAGCCGGCCAGGAACGCUUCCGCUCCAUCUCCCGCCUCUACUACCGCGGCGCCAACGCCUGCAUCCUCUGCUACUCCAUCACCGACGCCCAGUCCUUCACCGAGAUGGGCAUCUGGCUAACCGAGCUCCGACGCAACCUCCCCGGCGACGUCGUCCUCCACGUCGUCGGCACAAAGGCGGACAUCGUCGCCCGCGACCCCUCCCGCCGCGAGGUCCCCUUCGAGCGCUGCAUAGCAUACGUCGCCGAGAACCUCGCCCCGGGCCUGGCCUCCACCCCGCCCCCGACAGCCACCCCCGGCGGCAUGCCCUCCAUGCUGUCCUCGUCCGACCCGCGGCAGUCCUCGUCGCAGGUGCAGAGCCAGUUCGGCGGCGGCGAGCCGCGGAGCCCGUCCUCGAAGCGCAGCUCCGGCUUCUGGGGCCAGGAGGUGGGCUGGGACGCCUGCCACGAGAUUAGCGCCGAGAGCGGCGAGGGCGUCGAGGAGGUCUUCCGCGUCGUCACGCGCAAGCUGGUCGAGCAGAACCGCAAGAUGCAGCAGGCGCUGCUCAUGGCCACCGCCACCCCCGGCACCCCGGGCUACGAGACUGGCAUGGACGGCGGGUACUUUGACGGCAUGAACCCGCGCGGCAGCUUUCGCGUCGGCCGGGACCGGCGCAGCUGGCUCUUCUCGCCGGGCUUCUCGCCCGCCGUCACGGUCGAGCAGGCGGGGACCGAGCAGAAUACCGACGAGGCCGCGGCCAAGGCGAGGAGGAAGUGCUGCUGA